AUGGAAGGAACUGGUUUGUAUGCUGAUAAUAAUCAGAGCCAGAUUCCAACAGUGCCUAUUGCUAUAAGCAUGGGACUGAGGUCACAACCUAACUUAUGUGCUAUGAUCACUGAAGUUAAUAUGGUUGAUGACAAUAUGAAGGAUUGGUGAAGCAAAGAUGAAGCCUUGGAAAAGUUCAAGGAGUAUAAAGUCGAGGUUGAAAAUCAACUCGAUAGAACUAUAAAGAUAGUUCGGAGUGAUAGAGGAGGUGAAUAUGAUGGACCUUUUGAUGCGUUCUGUAAAGAACAUGGCAUUAUUCAUCAAACGACCGCCCCCUACUCACCUGAAUCUAAUGGAGUUGCGGAAAGGAAAAACCGAACUCUUAAAGAGAUGAUGAAUGCGAUGUUGCAGGAAUCUGGGUUAGCCCAGAACAUGUGGGGGGAAGCAUUGCUUACCACAAACUAUAUCCUCAACAAAAUACCGCACAAAGUCACUGGUAAAACACCAUAUGAACUUUGGAAAGGUACUGUACCUUCGUACAAAUACCUGAAAGUGUGGGGGUGUAUGGCAAAAGUAGUUGUGCCACCUCCCAAAAAGGUCACAAUCGGACCAAAGACCGUUGAUUGUAUUUUCAUCGGAUAUGCACGAAAUAGUAGUGCUUAUCGGUUUCUGGUUCAUAAAUCAGAUAUACCGGAUAUCCAUGUAAAUACAAUAAUGGAAUCAAGGAAUGCCUCUUUCUUUGAACACGUGUUUCCGUGUAAGGAUAAACAAAAUCCAAAACGGACUCGUGAAGAAAGAGACACAAUAACUUCUGGAAAUGAAGUGAGUACUUCUGGCAUAUCAAUAGAUGAUGCAGAAGAAGGUGAAGAUGAACCUAGACGCAGGAAAAGAGCUCGUAAGGAAAAAUCUUAUGGUGAAGAUUUCUUAAUGGUCUUUCUUUUAGAGAGUGAACCAAGAAAUUUCACUGAAGCUAUGUCUACACCAGACGCUCCUUUUUGGAAGGAAGCCGCCAAUAGUGAAAUCGAUUCCAUUAUGCAACAUCAUACAUGGUAUAUAACCGAUUUACCAGAAGGGUUUAAAGCCCUAGGGUGUAGAUGGAUUUUCACAACUAAGUUGAAAACCGAUGGUUUUAUUAACAAGUACAAAGCUAGACUUGUGGUGCAAGGUUUCCGACAAAAAGAAGGUCUGGAUUUCUUUGACACCUAUUCUCCGGUAACGAGAAUAACUUCAAUCCGUAUGCUGAUAGGAAUUGCAGCAUUAAGGGAUCUUGAAAUCCAUCAAAUGGAUGUGAAAACUGCUUUUCUACAUGGUGAUUUAGAAGAGGAGAUUUAUAUGAAACAACCCGAAGGGUAUGUUGUCCCGGGACAAGAACACAAAGUCUGUCGACUUGUGAAAUCAUUGUAUGGACUAAAACAAGCUCCAAAACAAUGGUAUGAAAAAUUUGACAAUGCAAUGAUGUCAAAUGGUUUCAGCAUUAAUGAAUGUGAUAAGUGCAUAUACAUCAAAAGUACUCCUCAUGGACAAACGGCUUAG